AGGCAAUAUAAGAAAUUAAUUACAUAAAACCAAAUAUCAAAAUAAGAUUCGUUUUCAAAUAUAUAUUGGGCCAAAAAAUUCUAACUAUUUUUUUGGCAAAAACAUAAAUUGAAUUUGAAUAAUUAUUAAAUUCAUAUUGCUAGACAUUAAUUUAUGUGCUAGCGUCUAUUGGCUAAGUAAAUGUAGAACACUGCUGCAGGAAAGUAGCAAAACGGGUUCAUCAUUUGAAAUGGAUAUACUUGAUAUCGACGAAGUUCUCAAAGACGACUCCUUUAUAUUUCUUGAUGAUAAAUCUCAUGAUGAUGUUUCCAAUAUACUUCGACAGUGGAAAAAUAACAAUUGCAUACCAACGCAAUUGCAACAACAGCAACAGAACCAGGAACAAGUGUAUAAGCUGAACUCAAGAACAUUCACACGACCCAAGCGGAAAUCGGCACAAAAUCUCGAAUCACAAUUUUCAAACUCUCCUCUCACCAAUGGCUUGCAUAUGAAUCAGCACCAGUCCCAGCAUGGGUCACCCAUGUUGAAUUUGGAAAUUGGCGGAUUGGUAACGACAAUGCAUAAGUCGUUUUUGCAAGAUACCUCGCCUCCAUCAUCAAUUUGUUCCUCAAUGGAUGUAUCGGUAGAUCGUAUGAAUAAUUCACUAAUCACAUCGGCUGACUUUUCCAAUUUAAGUUUCCUACAAUCCACUCAAAGUUUAGAUUUAGAAGAUGUAAAUCGUUUCGCUUUUAAUUUCUCAAACAAAGCAACAAGUGACGGUUAUACCCUAAGUGAUAUGAUAAGGGAUCGCAAAGCGCUUGAAUCACUCACAAUGUCCAGCGAUGGCACUUUAAUAAAAGACUCACACAUUGCUCAAAUCGAUGACAUAUCGCUAACGUUCAGUAAAACUGCGUCUGGCAGCAGCACCAUGGACAAUUCAACUGAAAGUAUGGAUUGCAAUAAUCGAACAGUGCAAAUUUUCAACAAGGAUGACACAUUUAAUGGUGGAAAAGCGAAUUCAGAUAAUAAUAGCAAUGAAAAUAUAAUACAUCGGACUAUGUUACUGAACAAUGACCUUAUCAGUGAUACUACAUUUAAUUUAAUAGAGAACAGUUUGCAUGGUGAACAAAUAGCUGGACAAAACAGUGAUCCCAACGUUACUCACAAUUUAAACAAUGUAAAGCAGCAAAUAAAUGAAACAUUCAAAAAACCAACGACUUUGAAUGAAACAGUGUGUGUCAUCGGAAAUACUAACACAACAUUUGAGUGUCAGCAAUCUAACUCCGACCCACUCUGUGAAACACCGGAAAGUGUCAGAAAGAGUGUAGGUACUAUGAAAAUUUACGAAUCUACUCCCCGCACUACUAACAUUCGUUACAAUCGGCACCAAUACACUCCAACUCUCCAAGAAAUGACAGAAGAUGUAAAUAUAUCACCGAUUAUUGCAACUCUUGAUCAACGUACCGCAAUCCGCGCUAUGAACGAAACUUUCGAAAGAGAACCUUUAGUCAGUAAAAUCAACUCAAAUACGUUUAAUGAUGUAUUGCCAAAACUAGAUAGUAUGGAGAUGAUAGAAAAUAUACAAAAUCCGAAUAUAACAUUUCAAAAAAGUUUUGAAACAGAUUUUAAAAGUGCGGCUGGGAAAGAAAUGAAAAACGUAAUGGAUUUGGCAAAGGCUGAGGCUGAAUUGUUAGCUGGAAAUGAUGAAGAAUUCGAACAUAAACUUGACGAAUUUAGCAAAAUAGAAAUGAAUAUGCAACAACUUAAAAUGAAGAAGUCGUUGGAAAGUAUUAAGAAACGUUUUAGCUGUGUAACUGCACCAGAUAAUAAAUGUGAAAAAGAAAUUAUUUAUGAAGAUAUGGAUAAAUCAGUACCCCCUGGAUAUGUUAUAAAUACGAAUAAAACAUUCGAAACGGAUAUUGAAAGUCCGGAAAAAUACAGAGAAUAUAAGGACACAACACAUGUAAUCAAUGAGUCAAACUCUCCAACUAAUAGUACAAAAUAUAUAAGGAACUCAAUGUUUGUGUCAAAGGAAUUACGUGACUCAUCUGGAAGUGGACUGACAUCUUCAACGGCAAGUGCCUCAAGUAACGCGGGUGAACGCUUGUUAAGUCGUCGAAGCCGACUU